UUUUUCGGUUUUCUAAUUCUAAUAUGUAGGAAUCUGAUAGAAGAUUUUAUUCUGUACCCAAAACCGAGACGUUCCACUAAUUCUCGAUACCGGUUUACCCACUAACCGGCUGAAAUCGAUCCAGACUUUGCUCCGAUGGCAGAAAACCCUUGACGAUCAAAGAAAGCCGUCUUCUUCCCCAGACAGAGUCUCUUCCAUCUAUCUUUAAUCGGAGGAGGAUUUGAAAUCUCUUCAGAUCACCGGAAGUUCUGUGAGCUUUCUCUCCCGUCUAAUCUCUCCGACCAAUCCAAGUGAAGGUGGGCGGCGGAGUAUUGCCGCCUAAUUCUUAUCUCAUUUGGUGUUCUUCAUUUGUUAGUCAUGGAAUCCAAUCCCCUUCUAAACCCCUAAUUUCUGCAUCUACGAACUCUGCAACAAUGAGAUUUGAUUUCUCAUCGGCUUCGCAUUUACUAUGAAACCACAGAUGUUCUUUCGAUCAGUCAUUCAGUUCUAUUCAAAGCCGUCAUGGAUGCAACGUUCCUACUCUUCCGGUAACGCCGAAUUCAAUAUCUCCGGCGAGGUCAUCAGCAUUCUAGCUAAGAAGAAACCUAUAGAGCCUGCUUUGGAGCCGCUUGUUCCGUUUCUCUCGAAGAAUAUCAUCACAUCGGUAAUCAAAGAUGAGGUCAAUAGACAAUUAGGAUUCCGUUUUUUUAUAUGGGCGUCGAGAAGAGAGCGUCUCAGGAGCCGAGAGUCUUUUGGUUUGGUCAUCGAUAUGCUCUCUGAAGAUAAUGGUUGCGAUCUAUAUUGGCAGACAUUGGAGGAGCUUAAAUCUGGUGGCGUCUCUGUCGAUUCUUAUUGCUUCUGUGUUUUGAUCUCUGCUUAUGCUAAGAUGGGUAUGGCGGAAAAAGCAGUGGAAUCGUUUGGAAGGAUGAAGGAGUUUGAUUGCAGACCCGAUGUGUUCACGUACAACGUGAUAUUGCGAGUCAUGAUGCGAGAGGAGGUCUUCUUUAUGCUGGCUUUUGCUGUGUACAAUGAAAUGCUCAAGUGCAAUUGUUCCCCAAAUCUAUACACGUUUGGUAUCUUGAUGGAUGGAUUGUAUAAGAAAGGGAGAACGAGUGAUGCACAGAAGAUGUUCGACGAUAUGACCGGUAGAGGAAUUUCGCCUAACAGAGUUACCUAUACCAUUCUCAUUUCAGGUUUGUGUCAGAGGGGAAGUGCUGACGAUGCACGAAAGCUAUUCUACGAGAUGCAAACGAGCGGUAACUAUCCUGAUUCCGUCGCACACAAUGCUUUGCUUGAUGGGUUUUGUAAAUUGGGUCGGAUGGUUGAAGCAUUUGAGCUGUUGCGGCUUUUUGAGAAAGAUGGUUUUGUGCUUGGUCUUCGAGGUUAUAGCAGUUUAAUCGAUGGAUUGUUCAGAGCUAGGAGAUACACUCAGGCAUUUGAGCUGUAUGCAAAUAUGCUGAAGAAGAAUAUUAAACCUGACAUCAUUUUGUACACGAUAUUGAUUCAAGGGUUAUCUAAAGCCGGUAAGAUUGAGGAUGCAUUGAAGCUGUUAAGCAGCAUGCCAAGUAAGGGCAUUAGCCCAGAUACCUACUGUUACAAUGCUGUUAUAAAGGCUCUAUGUGGGAGGGGACUUUUGGAAGAGGGUCGGUCCCUCCAACUCGAAAUGUCAGAAACGGAAUCCUUCCCUGAUGCGUGCACACACACAAUUCUUAUCUGUAGUAUGUGCAGGAAUGGGCUGGUUAGGGAAGCUGAAGAAAUUUUUACGGAGAUUGAGAAGAGUGGUUGUUCUCCUUCGGUUGCUACGUUCAAUGCUUUAAUUGAUGGACUGUGCAAGUCCGGUGAGCUCAAGGAAGCCAGGUUAUUGUUGCAUAAAAUGGAGGUCGGGAGACCUGCUUCCUUGUUUCUUAGGCUUUCGCACAGUGGAAACCGGAGUUUUGACACCAUGGUUGAAUCCGGUUCGAUUCUCAAGGCAUACAGGGAUCUUGCACAUUUUGCUGAUACCGGGAGUUCGCCAGACAUUGUUUCUUACAAUGUUCUUAUAAAUGGGUUCUGCAGAGCAGGAGACAUUGACGGUGCUCUCAAGCUUCUCAAUGUGCUUCAACUAAAGGGAUUAUCCCCUGAUAGCGUCACUUACAACACUCUCAUCAAUGGACUUCAUAGAGUCGGCAGAGAAGAAGAAGCUUUUAAACUCUUUUACGCUAAAGAUGAUUUUAGACACAGUCCCGCGGUUUACAGAUCGCUCAUGACAUGGUCAUGUCGGAAAAGAAAAGUCUUGGUGGCUUUUAAUCUAUGGAUGAAAUACCUUAAGAAGAUAUCUUGUCUGGAUGAUGAAACAGCUAAUGAGAUUGAACAAUGUUUCAAGGAAGGGGAAACCGAGAGAGCUUUAAGACGACUUAUUGAAUUAGAUACCAGAAAAGACGAGUUAACUUUAGGGCCUUACACGAUAUGGCUUAUCGGGUUAUGCCAAUCAGGGAGAUUUCACGAGGCCUUGAUGGUGUUUUCGGUUUUAAGGGAGAAGAAGAUCCUUGUAACACCUCCGAGCUGUGUCAAACUGAUUCAUGGACUCUGCAAAAGAGAACAACUUGAUGCUGCAAUAGAGGUGUUCUUAUACACUCUAGAUAACAACUUCAAGCUGAUGCCUAGAGUUUGCAACUACCUCCUAAGCUCCCUCCUGGAAUCAACAGAAAAGAUGGAGAUUGUUUCGCAACUUACAAACAGAAUGGAACGUGCAGGGUACAAUGUUGACUCGAUGCUUCGAUUCGAGAUUUUGAAAUAUCAUAGACAUAGAAAGCAGGUGCUGAUAGAUCUUUAGGUAAUGAAAUGAUUAUUAAAGGUUUAUCUACAUCCGGAUUCAUAGGCAUUAGUUUUGUGGAGAAGAGAAAUAUGAGUUUUGAUUCGAAUCUCUUUACCUUAACACUACAUUAGAAUAGAAAAAUCUCUGGAACCGGAAGCUCUUUGAGGAAAAGGAAAAGGAAAAAUAUGAGGUUUAUACGUAAAUGCUUUGUAUGCUUUAUUGUUCAUGAAGUUUUUCCUUAUCUUUAUUGUACACUGAUUUGUUUUGUAUUAUGAUGUUAAAUUUCUUUGAAAUAAAGACUAAACAUGUCUAAAUCUUUCUGGUUUCCUUCCAAGACCUGUUCCAACAUUUUUGACCCUCCCAUAAAUUAUGUACAC